AUGAUUCAGUCAACACAAAUAUCACGGCUUGAUGGCCUCAUGCUCUGCGCCUCGGUCGACGACGAACAGUCCGAGUCCGCGCUCGCCGAAGUCAAGAACCAAGUCCGCCAAAUCAUGCGCAAGCUGACCCGGACCGCGGAGCCGCAAGCGUCGAUCGAGUCGGGCGCCUACACGCUGCACUACCUCGUCGACGGCGACGUCGUCUUCCUGUGCAUCUGCGCGCGCUCGUACCCGCGCAAGCUCGCCUUCACGUACCUCGCGGACCUCGCGCGCGAGUUCCACACGACGCACCCGCCCGCGCAGCUGCACAACCCGGCGCUGCGGCCGUACGCGUUCAUGGACUUUGACACGUUCAUCGCCAAGACGCGCACCACGUACGCCGACACGCGCGCCACGCAAAACCUCGACAAGCUGAAUGACGAGCUGCGCGACGUCACAAAGGUCAUGACCAAGAAUAUCGAGGACUUGCUGUACCGCGGCGAUAAUCUGGAGAAAAUGGGCGAGAUGAGUAGCAGGCUCCGGGAUGACAGCAAAAAGUACCGGAGAGCGGCGGUGCGCAUCAACUGGGAGCUGCUGCUGAAGCAGUACGGGCCGUUUGCGGUGCUCGGGUUCAUCGUCUUGUUCUUCAUCUACUGGCGCUUCUUUUAA